UGAUUAUCUGCCGUCUGUGAUUAGAACUAAGAAAUGGCAUUAGCAGAGGGAGCGUGUCUCAACCACAUUUCCAGAGAAUCCUCAGACAUAAGACGUCUGGCCAAUUUCUAUAAAGAGGUCUUUGGGUUCGAGGAGAUUGAGAGUCCCAACUUUGGAUUCGAUGUCAUAUGGCUGAAUCUUCCGGGAAGUUUCGCUAUGCACCUCAUCGAGAGGCUACCGGAGACGAAGUUGCCGGAGAGUCCCUACAGCGCUGCAUCGCCCAUUGCUGACCCUAGCCACCUCCCUAGAGGCCACCAUGUCUGCUUCUCCGUCUCCAACUUCGAUUCCUUCCUGCAGUCUCUCAAGGAUAAGGGAAUAGAGACUUUCCAGAGAGCCUUACCCAAUGGGAAGGUCAGACAGGUUUUCUUCUUUGAUCCAGAUGGAAAUGGAUUGGAGGUUGCAAGUCGAGAAGCUCCAUAGACUUGAGCAGGCUGCAGAGUCUCAGAGACAUGCAUGAGUAAAAUGUGAGUUAUGUUGGGGCUCAAAAUACAAUAAGUUGCAAGCAAACUUCUCCCCUGGGCAGUUGUAAGUUGAAAUAACCUUCAUGUAAUUCUGAAAAUAAUGGCGUUGCCUGUGAUGCCACGACAUCAUUUCCGGCCUCGUUGUGUACUUUUCUAGUAAUAUCAUUAAACAAAAUAAGCACUUUGUAUUGAACAAUUUAAACUAUUUUU